GACACUGAAUAAAAAUGUUGAAAAACAAACUUUUAAAUUCCUCAGUUUGGGUUAUCUAGAACAAAAACAUUGUUUUAAAAACUUCUGCACCAGAUUUAUUUAAAAAAAUACCAUUAUAUUCCACACUUCAUAGCCUCAACAAAUGAGACAUAAGGUAAAACUUGAACCUAUGCCAACAAGUCAGCCAAUCAGUCUGCGUUACGUCAUUAACCAGGAAGUCAUGUCUAUUGAACCGGCCGGCUUCUUGAAGUUGCAUCUCUUCUCAUGUUAGCGCUUUCUACGGAACGCACAAGAGAUGUUGCUGCUGGUGCUGUUUGCACUCCUCCUGCUCUUCUGCAACCUGGAUGUGUGGUACUUCCUUCGGGGCGCCCUGGUGUUCAUCGAGACAUGGUUUCAGCCCAGAUUAGAGGAUAUACUCGCAGAGCAAAUCUUUGACGGCAUAGUCCUCACUCACGAUUUAGACUACUUGGGGCACAUGAACAACUCUCGGUAUCUGAGGGAGUGUGACUUUGCUCGCUUCCACCACUACAUGAGAAACGGGCUGUUCUUGACCUCUCGCAAGUUAGGAGCCAAACUGGUCGUAGGUGCCUCUACCAUCCGUUACCGCCGCUCUCUGGCCUUCAGGGAGCUGUUUGAGAUCCGCACCAAAGUGCUUGGCUGGGAUGAGAAGGCCUUUUACUUGGAGCAGCGCUUCGUGUCCAAGAGAGAUGGUUUUGUGUCUGCGGUCAUGCUCUGUAGGCAGAACGUGGUGGGCAGCAGCCCAGAAAGGAUUAUUGAAUUUAUCUGCAAAAAGAAGAUCGAGUGCCCAGAGUUUUCAGAGGAGCUCAAACACUGGAUCAGCUUCAUUUCAGCCAGCAGCCAGGCGCUGAGAGCAGAGAGCGGACUGGAGCAUAAGAGCAAGUGAAGUCACACCGAGACCACCUUGUAUUAUGUGUGUAGACACAUAUCAUAGCAUUGCACAAACGUAUACAUUCUGCAUACCCACAGACAUAAACAAGUGAGUUUUAGCUGACUUCUAGUAUCCCAGAUUUGGGUUAAUCGGUUCUGCUGUGUAUUUUUGUAUGAUGUGAAGUUCUGAAAUAAUGACAGCUACAUCUGAAAACUUGAACUGUAUGAAAAUCGUUCGCUUGAAAAGAAAGUGAACCCGGUACAUAGUUUUACCCUCGCAACCUACAAAGUAGUUGAUGGAUUUUAGAUUUAUUCAUUUUUCCUCAUUUAGGAAAAUAAUCUGUUCAGUUUAGCAUGUGGUUCAAAAGUUAAUCUUUUACUGACACCAGUGCAUGUUUUAAAACAAUCAAAAUAUUUUUCAGGCCUGUUUCUUGUAGUUUAGAUGGAGAGAAAUAACUUUUAUGAAAAACAGAAAACCGUAUACUGUAUGUAUUGAAAUACUUGAAUGCAUAUAAAGAGCAUGAACUGACAGAUGUUUUAUCCCAUGGUGGGUAUUUUGAACAGGUUAAUUCCUGUUAAUCUGAAAGGGAAUACUCUAUAUAUCCUGCACUUUAUUGUUCUUUUAUAGUUUUAAAAAGUCAUUUAAGUGGACAGCCUCUUAAUUGGAUCUGCAUGUGAUUACUGAGAGAAUGUUUUAGUUUUGAUCGGCAGGUAUAAUAAAUGAAGGCUAACAUGAGGUUGCUGGCAACUUUUAAAAAACCUGCAACGCACACUGGAACCUGAACGCUUGAGUGGUCUUAUUGACAACAAUUUGAGAUGUGUUACCCGUUCAUCCAUGUAUCAGAGCUUUUUGUUGUGACCAAAGUAAUGUAUUGCUCUUUGCGAGUAUUAGACUUUUUAAAAAAUGUGUCCUAUCUGUAUAUUUAUUGUCAUUGCUCUCUCUAAAAAAAUAUCCUAACAUAUACUGAAGUUUCACUUUAUGAAUUGUAUUUUUACUUUCCACUUAUCAUUCUUUAAUUUAUUGAAACAGACUUAUUAAACAAUUGUGUUUAAUUAUAUCAUUGCAUUUUAAAUAAAAAAAAACAGCUCUGGAAAUUGUGAA